CGGGCCGUUGUCGUCAUUUCUCUAUUAUGAGUGCCAUAAUCGCGUUUCUGAUAUGCACGAUAGCACUGGUUUCGUGUCGAUCGACAAAUGGCCAAUACCAAUCGCCCCAGCAAGCAGCAAUUUUGAGCGAUGCUAGAUAUCUUGCUGGCGAUGGAACUUUCGGCGCCGCUUAUUCGCAAGAAGAUGGCGUCGAGUUCAAAGAGGAAAGCGACGUCUACGGAAAUCGUCGUGGGUCUUACUCCUACGUAGACCCCACGGGCCAAAGGCGUACAGUGUCGUAUACAGCUGGCAAAGAUGGUUUCCAGGCUUCUGGGGACGGUAUUCCCGUUCCACCCCCACAAGUUGCACCUCAGCCAGAGUACGUGCCACUGCCAGAGUACAAUCCACCGGACUAUCAGCCGCCCAGAUACAAUCCGCCCCCUCAACAACAGUAUCAACGACCACCUCAACCAGUGUACGAGCCACAACCGCAGCCACAACCACGACUACCACCACAACCACGACCACCGUCACAGCCUUACUCCAUUUAUCAACCCGAGCCCCAGAAUCAGCCACAGUAUCAGUACAGGCCUCAGCCACCACCCGAGCCUCAACCAUAUCCUUCGUACAACAGCAACCCUCGACCUCAGUAUCAACCCCUCUCCAGGCCACAGCCGCAAUACAACGCAAUCACAACGCCACCCCCGCGCAGAUUUUAUCCACCCGGAAAACUGAGCUUCAACAGGACACCCGAUGGCUACUCCUACACGUUCAGCAAGAGUUAAGUCUCUUUUAGCGAGGCGUAAAUCGAUGAUUGGGGAAAUAAAGUAUGGGUGGAAGACAGUUGUUGUGAGAAGGAUUCAGGAUGACGUGGUUGGGUUGUAGAAUGUAUCGACUCGAGACACCUCCGUCCAUCCAGAUUGAGGAAAUAUUGCUCAACUCCGAGCGAUGACUAGUGAUGAGAUUGGACGUAUUGCAAGUAUUUAUUCAUUUUUUAUUUAUUCUGCAUUUUACGAGGGUGCAAACGUGUAAUAUAAAAAUGAAUAUAAAAUUGUGUUCAAGGCUCAUUCUAGAUUUGGAGACUAAUCUUUUUUAAGAAUAACAAAAAUAUUCUCUUUAAGGAUGACAUAGAAAUAAUCACUACAAUUUUUAAUAUAAAUUGACACACUCUCUAAAUAAUAUAACAAAAUCACAGCACGUGGUAACUAAUCAUAGACGUGGGUCAAAAUCAGUUUGAAUUUUAGUUUAUUUCGAACCAAAUUGGUCUGUAAAUAAAUUCAGACUUGCCAAAAUUAUAUGUAAUUAGGAGAAUUGAAGAUCUUGAAACGCCCCUAAGUUUAAUACUGAAGUGUCUAGACAGUAUGAAGCAGAAAAAGUAAUUCCAAGUUGAUUCUUAUUAUAGUUAGUUAUUACACUACAAUAUGCUUCUUAAUCUUAUUUCCAUUCUUCUUACCAUAACUUCGUCUUACAUGACUCCUACAUUGUUUUAAUACUGUUUGGAGUAUCUCUUAACUUUCAUAUCUGUAGGGACCUCCUAGGCCCUUUAUACAUAGCUCGGGUAUCUCUAAACCCGUACUGUAGCUGCAUAUUCGCAUACUAUAGCCCCUGAGGGCUUUCUUUAGCCUAACUGUACAAGUUUUGUAAGUGUGGAGUAAUAAUAACAUACAAUGAUAAUUGUUAAUUUAGCUAUUUAGUUUCAGCUCAUCUAAAGUCUAUUCAAUUUAAAAAUAUCAUAACUCGUUAAGAAAUAACGGUAAAAUGUGUCCGGUAGUCGGUAAAUGGUAAAACGGUAAUCGAACAUUGAAUUAAAUACGCGACCAUGCAUUCAUAAUUAAGAGAUUGUGGGUAACCGGAGCCUUGUCCAUGAUCUUAGUACAAGGCUUAAUCAUGAAACAUGUUAAGCUUCCUGUAAAAGACUGCGAGAGUUUUGCAUAAAUUCCUAAGGAAAUGUAGCGAGUUAAUUAAUUCAUUUCACUUGCUAAUUGAAAACAAUUCCUUUAUUCAUUUAUACUUUCGCUAAUUACGUUUAUCAAAUCACGCAAAUGCUCGCGUUAUAAUACAUUAAAGCCAGUGGAAAGUUAUUCUAUUUACUUAUUUACAUCUCUAUAUAAAAUUACAUUUUUGAUUUUUAAUUUUUCCUCAUGUAAGAAUUUUAUUAAAUUAGCAACAUUGUUCAGAUAAUGUUGGAUCAAAACAUGGCCUUAAUGAGAGAAUUUUUAAUUUUAUGUUAUUUACAGAUCUGUGAGGAUUUGCAAGAAAAUUCUCAAAUUUUGAAUUAUUAUCUGUAGACAGAUUAUAUUUAUCUUCAUUGUACUAUUCAUUGAAAAAAUUUGUUGCGUUAUAUUUUAUAAACAUACUAGAAAGCAGUCAUUACAUUCAACAAUUUGUUAUAAAUUUACAAAAUCGAACGAUAUUAUUUAAAGCAAAACCGUAAUAAAUAUGAACAUUGUCCAAUGGUAUAGAAUCUAAUAAUUAAAAAACAAUUUCCCCUAUCAUGAUUUUACUUUAAAUAACACCAUCCAACUUUGUAAAUAUUUUAUAAAUUUUGUGAUAUUAUUUUAUUAAUGUUUAGUUUAAAUUAAAAGACAAAAAUAAUAAAAAAAAAAAGUAACAAUACUAAAUUAUCAAAGUCUGAUCGAUUUCAAAUACAUGGUUUUAAGAUAAACAACUUGGAAAUACUAAUUUUGUUAAAAAGAUCAGAAUUAAGUGAAAUUGAAUGUAUUUUAUCCAAUAUGUAAUUCUUGUAAUUUUGUGAAUUCAACAAAAGGAACGUGGCGAUGAACAAAAUCUACAGACACAGCACUUAACGUGUCAUAGUAUGAUUGCAAAUGGUGGAAGGAAAUUGUAUGGCAUUUUCUAAACGUCGAUCGAUCAGAUUUUCUUGGUCGCAUUGCUUGGUCGACGCCCUGCGCUUUGCAUAGCAAUUUCCUUUCCAAAUGCGAGCACUAUCCCGCGCACUUCGGGGUCAUGUUACUUUCAACGAGAAACCUUUGGCGUUCUCCGCAGUAUUGCAACAAACCCAUGAGAAUCCCACGACUCACGAGGGAAGAUACACGAUUUUUUAACCUAGAAUGCGGUAGUAUCCUAUGAUUAAACACCGUUCGCGUAAAUGGCGUAAUUUUUAAACGCGCACAGCCAUUUAAGCAAUUGUAUUCAUCUAAGUUACUGCCCUAUAAUGUAGAGUUCAUAGUUCAAUGUAAAUGAACCGCACAAGAAAUGAUUAAAAUAGUAUUCUUGCGCACGUUUGAAAUCAUUUUUAUACCAUUUAUGAAUUUGCUGUAAAAUAAUAUUAAGAUGUAUACAUCUCUUAAUACAGUUACCAAUUAUAUGUAAAUUUCUUGAAUUCAAUGUAAACUCAUUAUCAGUGAAUUUUACUUGUCAAAUGGAGACUAAGUGUAAGAAGAGACCUUUCCAUUCGAUUAAUUGUUCAAGAAGAUUAAAAAUUCAAUAUAAGAACUUUAACAGCAAAAACUAAGAACACUACAAAUGACGGUUCCUCCUAAAAAUGAAGCAGGCAGAUUUAUCCAUUUAUCAAGAUUUUGUCACCCAAAGCAAGUAAGAUACCCACGUCUCUGAUUCUCAGAAAGAGGGUACCAGUUUGCGAAAAGUACUAUCCUACUGUAAAACUUAAUAAACCCUAAUUAUUCGUGACGUUUAUUAUUUCAGAAAAUUAGUUAUUUGGUAUUAGGAAGUAAUCUGAAAAUCCUCCUAGACUAGAAUGUAUAAAACCCGAAGAGGUUGAAGAGUGUGGUUGGUAACGCCAUUCGGGUCCCAUUGUGU